GGAGCCGAGUGCUGAGAGCGCAGCGCCGGAGCCGAGCCGCGAGAGCGCACCCGUGGCCCCCAUGGAGCGGUACAAAGCCCAGGGGUGUUGCUGUCUGCUGGUGCAGAGAAGGAUCCUGCAGGUCUCUGCCUCCCUGGAGCAGCUGCUGACGGAGCUGGAUGACUUCCUGAAGAUUCUGGACCAGGAGAACCUGAGCAGCACAGCCCUGGUGAGGAAGAGCUGCCUGGCCGAGCUCCUCCGGCUCUACACCAAGAGCAGCAGUUCUGAUGAGGAGUACAUUUACAUGAACAAAGUGACGGUGCACAAGCCGCAGGACGCCGAGUCUCAAGACCAAGCGCCCACGGAGCAGGGUCCACUCACCAACGGGGAGCCCAGCCAGCACGCCUCGGCCCCUCAGAAGAGCCUUCCGGAUCUCCCGCCGCCUAAGAUCGUUCCAGAACGGAAGCAGCUCGCUGUCCCGAAGAUCGAGUCCCCGGAGGGCUACUAUGAAGAGGCGGAGCCGUAUGACGUGUCCCUCAAUGGUCAUGCUGGCCGAGUUCUCCCUACUGAGGUUCCCAGAUGGGUGCAGGUGCCCGAAGGAGUCAUUUACGCCACAAUCACCUUGGAGGACGGGGAGGCUGUGAGCAGCUCCUACGAGUCCUAUGAUGAAGAGGAAAGCAGCAAGGGCAAGGCGGCCCCCUACCAGUGGCCCUCACCCGAGGCCAGCAUCGAGCUGAUGCGCGACGCCCGCAUCUGCGCCUUCCUGUGGCGCAAGAAGUGGCUAGGCCAGUGGGCCAAGCAGCUGUGCGUCAUCAGAGACACCCGGCUCCUGUGCUACAAAUCCUCCAAGGACCACAGCCCUCAGCUGGACGUGAACCUGCUGGGCAGCAGCGUGGUGCACAAGGAGAAGCAAGUGCGCAAGAAGGAGCACAAGCUGAAGAUCACGCCCAUGAACGCCGACGUGAUCGUGCUGGGCCUGCAGAGCAAGGACCAAGCCGAGCAGUGGCUCAGGGUCAUCCAGGAGGUGAGCGGCCUGCCUUCCGAGGGGGCGUCCGAGGGAAACCAGUACACCCCGGAUGCCCAGCGCCCGCCUGGCCAGAAGCCAGAUAUAGCUGAGAAGUACCUGUUGGCUUCCGAGUGUGGAGGCCCCAUGGAUGGCUACCAACCUGAGAUCCCGGAGACCAAAGACGUCAAGAAGAAGUGUUCUGCUGGCCUCAGGUUGAGCAACCUCAUGAACCUGGGCAGGAAGAAGUCCACCUCCCUGGAGCCGCCAGAGAGAUCCCUGGAGACAGCGAGUUAUCUGAACGUGCUGGUGAACAGCCAGUGGAAGUCACGCUGGUGCUCUGUCAGGGGCAAUCACCUGCACUUCUACCAGGACCGGAACCGGAGCAAGGCAGCCCAGCAGCCCCUCAACCUGGUGGGCUGUGAGGUGGUCCCAGACCCGAGCCCUGACCACCUCUACUCCUUCCGCAUCCUGCACAACGGCGAGGAGCUGGCCAAGCUCGAGGCCAAGUCGUCGGAGGAGAUGGGCCACUGGCUGGGCCUCCUGCUCUCCGAGUCCGGCUCCAAGACAGACCCGGAGGAGUUCACCUACGACUAUGUGGACGCCGACAGGGUUUCCUGUAUCGUGAGUGCGGCCAAGAACUCCCUCCUACUGAUGCAGAGGAAGUUCUCGGAGCCCAAUGCUUACAUUGACGGCCUGCCCAGCCACGAGCGCCAGGAGGAGCUGUAUGACGACGUGGAGACAUCAGAGCUCACAGCAGUGGUGGAACCCGCCGAGGAAGCCACUCCUGCCACAGAUGCCCCGAAUGAGAGUGAGCUGGACCGAGUGUACCUAGACCUCACGCCAAUCAAGUCCUUCCUGCACAGUUCCGGGGGGGUGCAGGCCCGGGCCGCCUCCCCCACGUCUCUACACCUGGAUGGUCAGGGCGAGGACCCCCCUGCUGGCCCAAGUCCAGGCUCUGCCUCAGAUGAGCCCUGCUGUGUAAUAUCCCCAGAGAGCCUGGAGGAACAGAGGCAGCUGGAGAGUGAGGAGCCUGAAGACGCUUCCCUGAGAAUCAGUCCUGUCAAAAUCCAGACCGAACAGCAGAGAAUCUCCUUCCCCCCGAGCUGCCCUGAUGCUGUGGCUGCCACCCCGGCCGGUAGCAGCCCUCCUGCGAAGGACAGACUGCGGGUGACCAGUGCAGAGAUCAAGCUUGGCAAGAACCGGACGGAGGCCGAGGUGAAGAGGUACACGGAGGAGAAGGAGAGGCUGGAGAGGAUGAAGGAGGAAAUCCGGGGCCACCUGGCUCAGCUCCGGAAGGAGAAGCGGGAGCUGAAGGAGACCCUGCUGAAAUGCACAGACAAGGGCAUCCUGGCCAGUCUGGAGCAGAAGCUGAGGGAAAUAGACGAGGAGUGCCGGACCGAGGAGAGCCGGCGCGUGGACCUGGAGCUCAACAUCAUGGAGGUCAAGGACAACCUGAAGAAGGCCGAGGCGGGGCCCGUGACGCUGGGCACCACCGUGGACACCACCCACCUGGAGAGCGUGAGUCCCCGGCCCAAAGCUGCCGCCCCGACCCCUGUACCCGACUGCACGCCAGUCAACUCGGCCACAGCCCUCAAGAACAGGCCUCUUUCCGUCAUGGUCACAGGCAAAGGCACCGUCCUCCAGAAAGCCAAGGAAUGGGAGAAGAAAGGAGCAAGUUAGGAACGGAGCUCCGUCUAAAGACUCUCGCAUCCACAUGGACCUUGGUGACAAUCCUACUUCCUGACGGUCUUGUGAAAGCAGCAACUCCGAAAGGGUGUCCGUCUGGAAGAAACCAGAUAGACCACGGAGAGUUUCAGACAAGGGGAGGCUGGGAGAAAUGAAUACAGAGCCGGAGGAAGGAAUUCCCCAGAGAAAGGCUGCUGCUUUGAAGACGGAGUCUGAUGGAUGUAGACAAGCGUUAUUGUAUUUAGAGAUAUCCUGUGUUUCUUUUUUCAAAAUUGUCAUCAAUUGCUUUAUCCAGAUUUUUAAGGAGGGAAAAGAAGUCUAGCAGGGCCCUGUCACACUGGUCACGUGGCUUUGGAGGCUGAGAGAGUCUAAACUCCUGGCAUCUCCUAGCCAGUGCCGGGGGUUAAACCAUCCCUGCCUUCAAGUUUGUUCUCUCUAGUUUAGCAGGCCCACGUCGGUCUUCACUGAUUUUAAACAGCCUGUGACAUAAUUCUUGAGAAACUAACAGGGAAAUAGCUGGGGCCAAGCUGAGCACUGACCCUGCUGCGUUAAGGAUUUGUUUCUUGCCCAAGGCAGACCUAAAGCAACUUCUUUUAAGUAAGUUUAAAUGACACCAUGUUUAUAGAAAAAAAACAAAGUUUAAAAUCUUAUCAUUUAGAAUAGUGGAAAGUAUUUUUUGCAAUUUAACUGACUUUUUACAUUACCAUAGUGGGGAAAAAAAAUCACUCCCUGUUUACAGAUUCAGUCCUGUGGCCAGGCUGUUUUUAAGGGAAGAGUUAUUUAAUAUAAUGCCCUCCGCAUCCCCGUUUUGCUGAGGGUGAGCACCCUCUCCUCCCGGAAUUGGCAAUGCUGUUCUUCGUGCUGCUCCUGUCUUUUCCUCGGAUUACACUGUUGUUUAACACAGGUUGGAACAUUUCAUCUAUCAUCUCUGCCUCAUUUCUGGGGGUUCUGAAUCCAAGUUCUCUAACACUGGUUUCCUGAGAACAAAGGUCUUUUUUUAUUUGUGUCUAAUUCCAGGGCAUUUAUUUCCUUUGUCACAAAUACUUGGUGGCCUUUUACCAAGUGGAGAGUUAGGUUUUUUGUUUUUUGUUUUUUUUAAUAAAAUUUUCAUUAUAUUUUGGGUUUUCUGUCUUUCAUGUAAUGACUUGGGGCAGGGCCUGGGGAAAUGUUUUGGUUAUUUGCACACUGAACUUCAUCCAUGUAGUAAACCCUGGUAGAAUUACAAAGUGGCAUCCCAAGGCUUAAAUCAAGAAAGGAAUUAAAGCUGAAAGAAGAUUCUAACAUCAUCAACAAGGUGCCAAAUACACGAGACAACUACAGGAGCAACAAGAAGUUACACACACUCCUGCUAAGCAGAAACUGGGGAGGUUCACAGUAUAGAGAGGCAAAAUGUGGCUCAGUGAAAAGACGACGUGACUAUGCAGUGUGAAACAGAACUGAAGAGGAGGCCCAGUGUUUUCCAUUUUCAAGUUACCAUAGCUCAGGUCGGAGGAUGGGUA